CGCAGCCGUACCUCUCACUCAGCCGGUCAAUUGAGCGACUCAAAGACGAAAGUAACUUCCUGUAUUGCGACUACCUUCGUAUACGAGUACUGCGACAUCUUCCAUACCCCGCCAGUCGCUCCUUUCCUCCAACUUACCCCUCCAAAUACCCCACCAUCGCACACGAACCGCGCCAAACGCCGUAACAGAGCAAACAACCCGCCAACAUGCCUACCAUCGGCGUGGAUAAGGCGGCCCUCUUCAAAGAGCUGGGUCGGGAAUACACCUACCAGGAGUUCGACGACCUAUGUUUCGAGUUCGGUAUCGAGUUGGACGAGGAUACAAGCCUGAGCACCAAGCCAGAAGAUCAGGCGCAACCACCACAACUUAAGAUUGAGAUUCCAGCAAAUCGCUAUGAUAUGCUAUGCUUCGAGGGUAUUGCCAUGAACUUGAAGGUCUUCCUUGAGAAGCAGAAGCUGCCCAAGUGGACUGUUACUGCGCCCAAGGGAGGAGAGCUUCAGGUGCUAGACAUCAAGCCUGAGACCAAGCAAAUACGAGAGCUCUGCUCAGGUGUUAUACUACGGGGCAUCAACUUCACACAAGAAAGAUACGACUCCUUCAUCGCGCUACAAGACAAAUUACACUCCAACCUGGCGCGUCAAAGGACACUUGUGUCGAUCGGAACACACGACUUAGAUACAAUCCAGGGUCCCUUCUCAUACGAGGCAUUACCGCCAGAGCAAAUCAAGUUUGUGCCCCUGAAGCAGGACAAGGAAAUGAACGCGAAGGAGCUCAUGGAGUUCUAUGAGAAAGACAAACAUCUCGGACGCUUCCUACACAUUAUUCGCGACUCACCCGUCUACCCCGUAAUCUACGACGCGAACCGUACGGUCCUCUCCCUUCCGCCCAUCAUCAACAGCAACCACAGCAAGGUUACACUAGACACAAAGAACGUCUUCAUCGAGAUUACUGCGACCGACAAGACAAAGGUCGAAAUUGUCAACCAUAUGAUGGUCACCAUGUUCGCUGGGUAUGCAGAGUCGAUUGAGCCUAUCAAGAUCAAUUCGCCUCACAACGGAGAGUCAAGAGAGUCGCCAGAUCUGUCACCGCGACAGAUGCAGGUUGAGGUGGACUACCUGAACCAGGUCACUGGCCUCACCUUAUCACCCGAGGAGAUCUCGAAACUCUUGUCGCGUAUGGGCCAUGACGUCUCACCGUCUCAAUCCGACAAGAACAUCCUCGACGUUUCGGUACCUGUCACAAGAGCGGACAUCUUGCAUCAAGCGGAUAUCAUGGAAGAUUACGCCAUCGCAUACGGCUUCAACAAGCUGCCGCGAGUAUACCCGAACAAGACUGCUGCUGUCUCUGCGCCAUUACCCAUCAACAAGCUCGGUGAUAUCGUCCGGAUCGAGUCCGCGUCGUCGGGAUGGACGGAAGUUAUGCCUCUCAUCCUCUGCUCGCAUGAGGAGAACUUCGAGUGGCUGAACCGGAAAGACGACGGAAAGACAGCAGUGAAGCUUGCGAACCCCAAGACAGCAGAAUACCAGCUCGUCCGAACAUCGCUACUACCGGGUCUGCUCAAGACAAUUAACUCCAACAAGCACCAUUCAGUACCGAUGAAGAUCUUCGAGGUCAGCGACAUUGGUCUCGUCGAUUUGGAGCAGGAGAGAAAGAGCAGGAAUGAGCGCCACUUCGCAGCCGCGUUCAUGGGCAAGACAAGUGGCUUCGAGCAAGUACACGGUCUGCUGGACAGGCUGAUGCUCAUGCUUCGGUCGGCAUUCCUUACGCGCGAAGACGGACUAAAGAAUGAGCAAUUGCAGGGCUACUGGAUAGAAGAGGUUGAUGACCCGACCUUCCUUCCUGGACACUCGGCGGCCAUCAAGCUCAACCUCGGCGGCAAGAACCACACCAUCGGUGUCUUCGGUAUCUUGCACCCAAGCGUGCUGCAGAAGUUCGAGUUGCCAUACCCCGUUAGUACACUAGAGUUCAACCUGGAGAUCUUCUUGUGAGGCGCCACAGCGAAGACGCCUCGCCACAGGGUUGCCAAAACUGUUCGGCGCAGAUAGAUACCUACAACGCAUACAUGAAUCAAGAUAUCAUGAUGAAUCUUCGUCCUUACUACGGUAGUACUAUACUGAAGUUAUCAGAUGGGUUUAACAUCCUAGCUUGACCCGUUACCACAUUUCUAUGAUGAUACUGAUGACAGAUUCGCUUCGCUCCCAUGCUUCGGCUUGUGGAAUGUGAGCCACAGCCGGCCGAUUCUGGGGUCUCCGGGAAGA